AUGCAGUCAAGUUUGAUUGUAGCCGCUCUUCUCUGUUUCACUACCUGGAUGAGCUCAGACUGUGCAACCCCUAUAAGCAUACGCAGUUGUUGUCUCGUUUGGUCCAAAACCAGAGUCUCACUUGACCGAAUUGUGAAUUAUUCCAUUCAGACUGAAGAUACUUGUCUCAUCAAAGCAGUACAGUUACGGACCGUGCUUGGAAAGACAAUCUGUGCCAAUCCAGACGCUGACUGGACAAGAAAAGCAAUUGAGAAGGUGGACAGGGAGAAUUCGCAAAAGGGAUUCGCAAGUGACAUGAUACCAACAACGUCCACUGCAUCCCCAGCAUCAGGAAACAUCCCUCAGAAGGACAAGGGGACAGGGCAGAGCCUGAUUAUGUUUUGUCAAAUACACUGUGGUGUAGAUCCAUGGACUAAGAACAUGUUGUGUCCCACUAACUAG